AUGGCUGGAACAAAGGCACUUCUGAUGCUGGAAAACUUCAUAGGUGGAAAAUUUUUACCUUGUAACUCAUAUAUAGAUUCUUAUGAUCCAUCGACAGGGGAAGUGUAUUGCAGAGUGCCAGAUAGUGGAAAAGAAGAGAUCGAAGCAGCAGUUGAGGCUGCCAGAGGAGCCUUUCCUGGCUGGUCAUCCCGCAGCCCCCAGGAGCGCUCGAGGGUCCUGAACCAGCUGGCGGAUUUGCUGGAGCAGUCCCUGGAGGAGUUGGCCCAGGCAGAAUCUAAAGACCAAGGGAAAACCUUGACACUGGCAAGAACCAUGGACAUUCCCCGGUCUGUACAGAACUUCCGGUUCUUUGCUUCCUCCAUCCUGCACCAUACAUCAGAGUGCACGCAGAUGGACCAGCUGGGCUGUCUGCACUACACUGUGCGGACCCCUGUGGGAAUCGCUGGUCUCAUCAGUCCUUGGAAUUUGCCACUCUACUUGCUAACCUGGAAGAUAGCUCCGGCCAUUGCUGCUGGGAACACUGUGAUAGCCAAGCCCAGUGAGCUGACUUCUGUGACCGCGUGGAUGUUGUGCAAACUCCUGGAUAAAGCAGGUGUUCCAUCAGGUGUGGUCAACAUUGUGUUUGGAGCAGGGCCCAGGGUAGGCGAGGCCCUGGUGUCCCAUCCAGAGGUGCCCCUGAUCUCAUUCACUGGCAGCCAGCCCACAGCUGAGCGUAUCACCCAGCUGAGUGCGCCCCACUGCAAGAAGCUGUCACUGGAGCUGGGGGGCAAGAAUCCUGCCAUCAUCUUUGAGGAUGCCAACCUGGAGGAGUGCAUCCCGGCAACUGUCAGGUCCAGCUUUGCCAACCAGGGUGAAAUCUGCCUUUGUACCAGCAGGAUUUUUGUCCAGAAGAGCAUCUAUAGUGAAUUUGUAAAGAAGUUUGUAGAAGCUACCAGAAAGUGGAAAGUUGGCAUUCCCUCUGAUCCAUCAGCCAGCAUGGGCGCUCUGAUAAGUAAAGCACAUUUGGAGAAAGUCAGAAGUUAUAUCCAGAGAGCUCGUGCAGAAGGGGCUCAAAUUCAGUGUGGUGAUGGAGUGGACAAGCUGAGCCUUCCCUCCAGAAAUCAGGCAGGCUACUUUAUGCUUCCCACGGUGAUAACAGACAUUAAGGAUGACUCCUGCUGCAUGAAGGAAGAGAUAUUUGGUCCAGUGACAUGUGUCGUCCCCUUUGAUAGUGAAGAGGAAGUGAUUAAAAGAGCCAACAGUGUUAAGUAUGGGCUUGCAGCUACGGUGUGGUCAAGCAACGUGGGGCGCAUCCACCGAGUGGCGAAGAAGCUGCAGUCAGGCUUGGUGUGGACCAACUGCUGGCUUGUCAGAGAGCUGAACCUUCCUUUUGGGGGCAUGAAGAGUUCUGGGAUAGGUAGAGAAGGAGCCAAGGACUCUUACGACUUCUUCACUGAAAUCAAAACCAUCACCAUUAAACACUGA